CAGUAAGUAUUUAAUUCUCUUAUCUAUCAUCUCCUGCAAGCGGAUCUGUCAUGACCCAAACCCAGGCCCAUCUGACAUUCAGUGAGGCCCAAAUUUACUCCAAAAAGUCCAAGGUAUUUUGCCUUAAAUAACCAUCACCUCCACCUUGUUUUCUCAGAAACUUCAGAAAAUAAAGAAGAGUUAGAGAGAGAGUGAACUAAGAAGAAGAAGUGUGAUCAUUUUGCAGUGAGUGGGUCGCCGGAGCUCGUCGCCGGAGCAACCGUGUGCCGUGAUCACGUUCAGCUCGUCACCCCCGAUCAACACCCUAGACCACCAUCGUGUUCCUCUCGUCGAGACGAAGCCGUAGACACCAACCACACCGCAAUCGGAGCCCGGACGAAGCCGCUAGAGCCUCCCGAAGUUUCGCCUCUGCGCGGGCGUGAAACGCACUCGCCGUCGCCGGCCGCCGGAGCCACCGCGCAUUCCGGCCACUCGCCGCCGUCUCCGACCGCCGUUCGCCGGAGCCGCCGUGAUCGGCCGCCGUCCGUCCGCCGCCGAGAAGCUGCCGCCGCGUCGCCACCUCGCCGCCGUCGCCGCCGCUGAUUUUCCGGUAAGCCGCUGCCACCCUCCGCCGUUGCCGCCGGGACUAGUGCCGGUGAUUCGCCGGCGACUCGCCAACUCGGCCCAGUCGACCCGAUUUAGAGUCUAUUUGAGCAGCUGGAGUUCAUAGAUACCACAUUUCCCUAUUGCUAAGGUGAGACCGACGAGCAGGAGUGAUUAUCGGACCGGUGCUAUUGGGCUUUUGGGCUUCUAUCGCUUUUACCGCUUUUAUCUUUAUCGGGCCUUUGGACUUUUAUCGUUUAUGUUAUUUCCUAUUUCAGACUUUCGGUUUAUGUCGUAUUUUAUAUUUCGGAUGUUAUCGAUGUUGGGCUUUUAGGCCUUAUGGUAUCGUAUUGACUUUUAUAUUAUGAUAUGAAGAUUAUUAUUAUUUCAGUAUUUAUUAUUUUGUUAUUUUUCGCAAUUAUAUUUUUUUGAGAAAACCGGGUGUGACAAUUUUUGGUAUCAGAGCGGGGUUCCGUCCCGGCUCCGACCCGGGAUGGCGAUUUUGGAGACCUGUUUUUAUUCGGUUUUACUCGGUUUUAACGGUUUUAGACGAUUUCAAAAUAUUUUCGGGGAUUUGGAAAUUUUGUAAACGAAAAUAAAUAGCACCUUUCCGUUCGAUAUCACUUCUCCUUAAAUGUUGGUAUCAAAAGUUGAGCGUAAGUUAACAUUUCGCUUUCCUUUCAGAUGCCGCCAAGGAGAAGAACCACCCGUGCCCAGACCGCCAGAGCUGUUAGAGACGAUGUAGAUGAGCAUGAGCAGCCCGCAGUUCCGCCACCCGCGGCUCCACCAGUUGAUCAGGAUGCAUUGAGACAGAUGGUUCAGGAUGCCGCUAGACAGGCCGCUCAAGAGGCACUUCAGCAGAUUGCCCAGGAGGCAGCCAGGCAGGCCGCUCAAGAGGCUGCCCGAGUAGCUGCUCAGGAGGUUGCUCGUCAAAUGGCUGCCGUUCAACAGGGUCCUCAGGUUCAGGUGCAGCAGGGUCCACAGAUUCGGGUUCAGCAAGUUCCACCAGUUCAGGUUCAGCAGGAUCAGCAGAUUCCCGCUCAGCAUGAUCAUCAGGAUCCCGUUCAGCAGGUUCCCCUUCCUCAGGUUCCACUGCAGCAGGGUCCAGCUCAGCAGUUUGCUCAUGGUUUUCAGGAUCUACCGCCACCACCACCGCGACCUCAUGUUUACCCGGUUUAUGAUGAGAGGUUCUACAGGCUGACAUGUCAGAUGAGAAACAUGGAUAUGGAGCAUUUUAGCGGGACAGUGGAUGAUGUAGCUGCACAUGAUUGGAAGUUAGCCUUGCAGCGGAAGCUGGAGAUUAUUGAGUGUCCACCAGAGUUGUCGCUCAGAUUGACUAUGCAGUACCUUCGUGGAGAUGCUCUUAUAUGGUGGGAGGGAAUACGAUUGAGUCAUUUUGGGCCAGAGAGGCUUACCUUCGCUGACUUCAUUCGAGAGUUCGAUAGGAAAUACUUUUCGAAGGAAGCUAUGGACAGGAAGAAGUGCGAGUUCGAGCAUGUAAGCCAGGGAGAGAUGUCUAUGCAGUAAAAAUCUCGUGUAGGAUCGGUUUCGGUUGGAGGAGAGUCAGCUUAUACC